GAUGCUGGAAGGCUGAGAAGAGGAGGUAGUUCGGGAACAGGACGGGACUGAGGGGUGCCAGGCCGGAACCUGUGAGUGUGCGUGGGUUCCUUCUCUGGAGACACGCAGCGCUGUGGGUUAGAAGAAACCCAACCAGCAGCGUAAACCUGAGAGUUUUUGGCACUACAGAGCUUUAUCAGAGUCUGCUCUGCAGAAACGCAGCGAGUGAGCGCGGGCUGGCCAUCAGUCCUGCACGGCGGCGGCUGCAGACAUGUCUGUGUCCACACAGCUGGGAUUGCUGCUGUGGAAGAACUUCACCUACAGACGCCGACAGACGCUCCAGCUUCUGGUGGAGAUCAUCUGGCCACUCUUCAUCUUCUUCAUCCUCAUUGCAGUGCGGCUCAACUACCCACCCUACGAGCAGCAUGAGUGCCACUUUCCCAACAAGGCCAUGCCUUCAGCCGGAACCCUGCCGUGGAUUCAGGGCAUCCUCUGCAAUGCCAACAACCCAUGCUUUAGACACCCAACGCCGGGCGAGUCUCCAGGCAUCGUUGGAAACUUCAAUGACUCCAUAAUAUCUCGCUUGUUUUCGGAUGCAAAGAAGAUCCUGCUGUACAGCCAGAAUGAUAAAAACCUGGAGGGAUUUAAAGAGCUGGCUCAGGCCCUGGAAGUUCUGCAGAACAGCCGCUCAGGCUUCAAGUUAAAGCAUUUCCUGCAAGACAAUGAAACUCUGUCAAGCUUUCUGCAGUGGAACGCCUCCUUGUCCCAACACAGCAUCCAGGAGAUCAUAGAGGCAGACGUUAACCUGGAGAGGGUCCUCCUCAAAGGUUUCGGGGUUCACUUGAAGAACAUGUGCCCAAGGAACGGUGGAACAGACGCCUUAGGGGACUUUGUGACGAUCUCAGACCAGCAGGUGGCGUUGCAGGUGCAGGAGUUCCUCUGUCGAGCUCCGCCCACCUGGCUGGACAUUGCUGAGGAGCACUUUAUGAGCAACCUGGACUUCUUCAAACCCAUUCAGAGGGAUGUCCGGUCCGACCCUGAAGCGGUCCAGCGGGUCGCUAAAGCUGCCAACAACCUACUGGAAAGUCUGGGUUUUCUGGCAGUCGAGCUGGCCGGAAUGAAGAGCUGGGUGGACCUGAGGAAUGAGAUCAUCUUCCUGACGCAGAACGCCACGUCAUCCCCCAGCGUCUUGUACAAGGCGGUCUCCAGGAUCGCGUGUGGUCACCCCGAGGGUGGCGGACUGCAGAUCAAGUCUCUGAACUGGUAUGAAGACAGCAACUACAAGGCUCUGUUUGGGAACCACAACAGCAGUGAGGACGACAACUCGGUGUUCUACGACAACACCUCCACUCCAUUCUGUAACAGCCUGGUGCAGAAGAUGGACUCCAACCCAAUGUCCCGGAUGAUCUGGCAGGCCCUAAAGCCUCUGCUGCUGGGGAAGAUCCUGUAUACCCCCCACAACCCUGCCACUCAGAGGAUCAUUCAUGAGGUGAACCGGACCUUCCAGGAGCUAGGUGUGUUCAGGGACCUGGGCAGCAUGUGGGAAGAGAUGAGACCCAAAGUCUGGGACUUCAUGGAAAACAGCCAGCAGAUGGAUCUGAUGAGGACUUUUCUGAAGAACAACAUCACAGCAAGCGUCUUCCACGCUCGGCUUGUUGACACUGAUUGGACUGUGGCUGAUGUCUCCAACUUCUUGUCCAAUGAGCCAGUGGCUCAGCGUGGCGGCGCCCUCACCUGGAGGGAGGUGUUCAAUGAGACAGACAAGGCCAUCAUGAGUAUAUCGCAAUUCAUGGAGUGUGUGAACCUGGACAAGCUAGAGCCCGUCUCUAGCGAGGAGCAACUCAUCAACCGCUCCAUGCUGCUACUAGAGAACAGGAAGUUCUGGGCUGGGAUAGUUUUUCCCGACAUCGCUCCAAACGCCACCAAGCUCCCACCUAAAGUGGACUACAAGCUCCGCAUGGACAUUGACAACGUGGAGCGGACCAACAAGAUCAAAGAUGCGUACUGGGACCCUGGUCCUCGGGCUGACCCAUUUGAGGACAUGCGGUACAUCUGGGGUGGGUUCUUGUACCUGCAGGACGUCAUUGAGCAGGGUAUCAUCAGAGCAGUGACGGGCACCAAGGAAAAAACCGGAGUAUACAUCCAGCAGAUGCCAUAUCCAUGUUACGUGGAUGACAUCUUCCUGCGGGUGAUGAGCCGCUCCAUGCCACUCUUUAUGACCCUGGCCUGGAUGUACUCUGUGUCCAUCAUCCUAAAGAGCGUGGUUUAUGAAAAGGAGGCCCGGCUGAAGGAGACCAUGAGAAUUAUGGGCCUGAAUAAUGGCAUUCUGUGGUUGAGCUGGUUCAUCAGCAGCCUGGUGCCUCUGCUGAUCAGUGCUGGACUGCUAGUCCUCGCCCUGAAGAAGGGGAACCUGCUGCCUUACAGCGACCCUGGCAUCAUAUUCCUCUUCCUGGGAUCUUACGCCGUUGUCACCAUCAUGCAGUGUUUCCUCAUCAGCACAGCGUUUGCUCGCGCUAACCUGGCCGCUGCCUGCGGAGGGAUCAUCUACUUCACCCUUUAUCUGCCCUACGUCCUCUGUGUCGCCUGGCAGGACUACAUCGGAUAUGGAGUCAAAGUGUUUGCUAGCCUGCUGUCCCCAGUGGUGUUUGGGUUUGGCUGCGAGUACUUUGCUCUGUUUGAGGAGCAGGGGGUUGGGAUCCAGUGGAAGAACCUGGUAUCCAGUCCUCUUCGGGAAGACGAGUUCAGCCUUCGCACCACCAUCAUUAUGAUGUACUUUGAUUCCUUCCUGUAUGGAGUCCUCACCUGGUACAUAGAAGCCGUCUUUCCAGGUCAGUAUGGGAUCCCUCGGCCGUGGUACUUCCCCUUCACCAAGUCCUACUGGUUUGGAGAGAAAGGAAGUUCCGACAAGAUUCCCCUGAGUAGAAAAGGAAACGCUGCAGCAGUGUGUGUAGAGGAGGAGCCAGCUCACUUGCAGCCCGGUGUCUACAUCGAGAACCUGGUGAAGGUUUACCGUCACGGUAAGAAACUAGCAGUGGAUGGACUGACUCUGGGAUUCUACGAGGGACAGAUCACUUCCUUCCUGGGACACAAUGGAGCUGGAAAAACGACCACAAUGUCCAUCCUAACUGGCUUAUUCCCACCUACUUCUGGAACCGCCUACAUCCUGGGUAAAGACAUUCGGACACAUCUAAGCGCCAUCAGACAGAGCCUCGGUGUCUGUCCUCAGCAUAACGUCCUAUUUAGCAUGCUGACAGUGGAGGAGCACAUCUGGUUCUAUGCUAGACUCAAAGGCCUGUCAGAGCAGCAGGUGUCAGGUGAGAUCGAGCACAUCCUGCAGGACACGGGGCUGCCUCAAAAACGAAAGUCCAGGACCAGCACUCUGUCCGGCGGGAUGCAGAGGAAACUGUCAGUGGCCUUGGCCUUUGUUGGGGGAGCCAAGGUGGUGAUCCUGGAUGAGCCCACAGCUGGAGUCGACCCAUAUGCCCGCAGAGGAAUCUGGGACCUACUGCUGAAGUAUCGACAGGGUCGGACCAUUAUCCUUUCCACCCACCACAUGGAUGAGGCGGACAUUCUGGGAGACCGCAUUGCCAUCAUCUCUCACGGCAAACUGUGUUGUGUGGGCUCAUCUCUGUACCUGAAGAACCAGCUUGGGACAGGCUACUAUCUGACUCUGGUUAAGAGGGACCCUGAACCCUCCCUGAGCUCCUGCAGGAACUCAGCAAGCACUGUGUCCUUCACCAAGAAGGAUGAGGAGAGCGCCUCGGUCAGCAGCAGUGACGCCGGACUGGGCAGCGAACAUGAAAGUGAGGCAGCCACCAUCGAGAAUGGCCCCGCUGCCUCCAUCUGCACACCCCCUUACGUCCCGCCGGACACAUCCUUUGUUUCUAGCCUCAUCCUGCGACACGUCCCAGCCGCCCGCCUGGUGGAGGAUUUGGGACAUGAGCUAACCUAUGUGCUGCCGUACAGCGCUGCCAAGGAUGGUGCCUUUGUGGAGCUCUUCAAAGAUCUGGACCUGAAACUCCAUGAACUUGGGAUCUCCAGCUAUGGAGUGUCUGACACAAGCCUGGAGGAGAUUUUCCUAAAAGUGGCUGAAGAUAAUGGAGUGGACACUGAAGUGCCCUCAGAUGGGACCCUUCCUGUUUGGAGGCGGAGGAGGACUCACGCAUUUGGAGGAGGAGACAAUCAGAGCUGCCUGAGGCCAAACGCAGAUGACGACGAUGACGACUCUGAGGGAGACGCUGAAUGCAGGGAGACGGACUGGCUGAAUGGCGUGAAUGGUGCAGAGGGGAAGGGCUCAUUCCAGGUGAAGGGCUGGAGCCUGAAGAGGCAGCAGUUUGUGGCGCUCAUGUGGAAGCGUUUCCUGUAUGCGCGGCGCUCCAGAAAGGGCUUCUUCGCCCAGAUCGUUCUUCCAGCUGUGUUCGUCUGCAUCGCUCUGGUCUUCAGCUUCAUUGUGCCUCCAUUUGGAAAGUAUCCUGAUCUGGAGCUGCAGCCUUGGAUGUAUGAAGACCAGGUCACCUUUAUCAGUGAGGAUGCUCCAGGUGAUGACAACAUGCAGAGGUUACUGAACUCACUGCUGGAUCCUCCGGGCUUUGGCAGUCGCUGCAUGGACAGCCAUUCAAUCCCGGAGGCCCCCUGCACCAUGGGGGACGAUGACUGGAGCACUCCUGAGGUUCCUGAUAGUGUCCAGCAGCUGUUCAGCUCCAGAAACUGGACCAUGAAGGAUCCAUCUCCAGCCUGCUGCUGCACGCAUGAAGGCAGGAAGCGGAUGCUGCCUGAAUGCCCAGCAGGUGCUGGUGGUCUGCCCCCGCCUGAGAUGAAACUGAGCGCCUCAGACUCCCUCCAGAACCUGACAGGAAGGAACAUCUCCGACUACCUGGUGAAGACAUACGCUCAGAUCAUUGGGAAGAGCCUAAAGAACAAAGUCUGGGUGAACGAAUUCAGGUAUGGAGGUUUCUCCUUGGGGGCCAGGAGUACGCAGGUUCUCCCACCAGCCAAUGAGAUUGAUGAUGCCAUCAACAGAGUGCGAAAGAUCUUUGAAUUACAGAAGGGAUCUGCUGCGGACCGAUUCCUCGACAAUCUGUCUGGCUUCAUCAACGGUCUCGACACAAAGAACAAUGUGAAGAUCUGGUUCAAUAACAAAGGCUGGCAUAGUGCUGCGGCCUUCAUCAACGUGAUGAGUAAUGGCAUCCUAAGAGCAAACCUACCGCACGGCGCAGAGCCUAGCAGCUAUGGCAUCAUCGCUGUUAAUCACCCGCUGAACCUGACGAAGGAGCAGCUGUCCCAGGUGGCCCUGGUAACGACCUCCGUGGACGUCCUGGUGUCCAUCUGCGUGAUCUUCGCUAUGUCCUUCGUCCCUGCCAGCUUUGUGGUCUUCCUCAUCCAGGAGCGUGUCAGUAAAGCCAAACACAUGCAGUUCAUCAGCGGCGUUCACCCGCUGCUCUAUUGGGUGGCCAACUUCACCUGGGACAUGUGUAACUACUUUGUCCCCGCAACACUCGUCAUCCUCAUCUUCAUCUGCUUCCAACAAAAAGCCUACGUCUCCUCCAGCAACCUGCCGGUUCUUGCCCUGCUGCUGCUGCUAUACGGCUGGUCCAUCACCCCGCUCAUGUACCCGGCCUCCUUCUUCUUCAAGAUCCCCAGCACCGCCUACGUCGUCCUCACCAGCGUCAACAUCCUCAUCGGCAUCAACGGCAGCAUCUCCACCUUUGUCAUGGAACUCUUUGGUGACCAUGAGAUUGGAGGCAUCAACGACAUCCUAAAGAACGUCCUCCUCAUCUUCCCUCACUUCUGUCUCGGGCGAGGACUCAUUGAUAUGGUGAAGAACCAGGCGAUGGCCGACGCCCUCGAGAGAUUUGGUGAGAACCGAUUCCGAUCACCACUGGAGUGGGACAUGGUAGGAAAGAAUCUGUUUGCUAUGGCUGUGGAGGGAGUGGUCUUCUUCAUCAUCACCAUCCUCAUCCAGUACAGGUUCUGCAUCAAGACCAAGCCCGUCAGUAAGCUCACUAAACUGGGAACACUGGGAGAGGAGGACGAGGACGUGGCGCGGGAGAGACACCGGAUCGUACAGGGCCUCGGGCAGGGAGACAUUCUGGAGCUCCGGCAGCUCACAAAGGUAUAUAAGAGGAAGCAGAAGCCAGCUGUGGAUCGACUGUGUGUCGGGAUUCCUCCUGGAGAAUGUUUUGGGCUGCUCGGUGUGAACGGAGCCGGGAAAACGACAACCUUCAAGAUGCUGACAGGAGACACCAUGGUGACGAGCGGAGAGGCCUUCCUGGCUGGGAAGAGCAUCCUCAGGGAGAUCGAUGAGGUCCAUCAGAACAUGGGCUACUGUCCUCAGUUCGACGCCAUCAAUGAGCUGCUGACUGGAAGAGAACAUCUGGAGCUGUAUGCUGUCCUCAGGGGCGUCCCUGAGAGGGAAGUCUGCAAUGUGGCAGAGUGGGGGAUCAGGAAGCUCAGCCUCCUGAAGUAUGCAGACAAAAGAGCUGGAAGUUACAGUGGAGGAAACCUGAGGAAGCUGUCCACCGCUAUCUCUCUGAUUGGAGCACCUCCUGUUGUUUUCCUGGACGAGCCCACCACUGGAAUGGACCCCAAGGCCCGCCGGGCCCUCUGGAACUGCAUCCACAGCGUCAUCAAGGAGGGACGCUCCGUCGUCCUCACCUCACACAGUAUGGAGGAGUGUGAGGCUCUUUGCACCAGGAUGGCCAUCAUGGUGAAUGGCAGGUUCAGAUGUCUUGGCAGCGUCCAACACUUGAAGAACAGGUUUGGUGAUGGGUACACCAUCAUCCUGCGGGUGGCAGGGCCCGACCCAGACCUGCUGCCCGUCAUGAAGUUCAUCGAGAGCGAGCUGAGCGGCAGCACGCUGAAGGAGAAACACCGCAACAUGCUGCAGUACCAGCUACCAUCUUCGCUCACAUCACUAGCCCACGUCUUCUCCAUCUUCGCCAAGAACAAAGACAUGCUAAAGAUCGAGGAUUAUUCCGUCACCCAAACCACAUUAGACCAGGUGUUUGUGAACUUCGCAAAGGAUCAGAGCGACGACUACCUGUCCAAAGAUGCGUCAGUGAGGCGGAAAGACGUGGUCAUCAAUGUUACGACGCUGAGCUCCACCUGCGGCGCUGCUGAGGGAGAGAGCGUCAUGUGAUCACGUGACCUUAGGAGGCUGCGCCUCAGCUUGGACUUGACCUUCAAUACAGGGGACAGCCCCUCCCUUCACCCGCUGUGAUGUCGCACUGAUUUAAUGUGGUGGUAGGCGGAGCUUCCUGCUGCCUGAUGCCAGUCAAUGCAAAUGAUUACCUGUGGAAGGGGCGAGCAGCUCGAGCUGAAACACUUGAACAAACUUGAGCGUCCAUGAUGAAGAAUCCUAAUCAUUUCAAAUGGCCGAGGGCUCGACUGCAAAACUUCCUGUUUUUAUCUGACUUUGAUUCCGUUCUUAGUGUCAGACUUUAUUUAUAUUUUUAGCUGGAACAGAAUCAUUCAAUCUGUUUUAUCCUGGCAGGGUCCAUGCUGUUUCCUGUAUUAGCAACCAAUCAGAAGUUUGAUUUUUAUAGAGUUUUUAUAAAACGAUGAUAGAGAAGCAUAUCAGACAGUUUUGGGUGUGAAGCAGCAAAAUACCUCAUCCGUUCUGGAAGCACACUACAGUAUUGAUCUGUGAUCUGAUUGGUCAUCUGACUGCAGCACUUUGUGUUCUAGACUUCAGUUUGUGUUUGCACUGCUUCUGAUCUGUUCAUGUUCUGAUCAACAUGUUGUGCUGCUGAUGGAAGAAGAGCUGUUACAGCCCAACGAGCAGAAUAAACCAUCAAACCUCCUGCCUCCAUCUCCUGCUGCUAAAAACACACAGUGAAGCCAAAUACUAUCAGGACAGGAACCUCUCUGGUUCUAAAUAGAGCUUUCAUGAAUUACCAAGUUGAUUUUGGAGUUUUGAUAUUCCUGACCACUAACCACAAGCAUGUAGCUGUUUCAUUUCAGAGUUGAGCUGCUUUCAUGAGCUUUAAAGAGUCCGUUGUUGUAGGACUUUAACUUUACUAUCAUGCAAGGGAUCUGUGUGCAAUCACCACCACCUAAAGGGCGGGAGUGUGAAAGUCAGUCUUACUCCUGUUAGAUGUAAUUUGAUCAAAAUCUAAUGCCUUUGUGAUGGUAUUACAGUUGCAGGUAAAUGACGAGCACUAGUUCAGAUCCAUGCUGAGAAAUAUC